AUAUAGAUUUGGGGAUUUCCAACCCAUAAGAUAAUACGAUUUUCGUACAAUAUCUCAAUAGUCAAUAUUUCAAUUAUUGAUUUUCAAUUUGUUUUAGUUAACUGCCAACUGGUUAUAUUGUUUUAAGUAGUAAAGCAGCAAAGUGAAUUAGUGACUAUAACCUUAUAAUUUAGCAUAGUGUACUGUCUUAUACUGAAAUACAUAGUGAAUAGUGGUUAUAAUUCAUAUUUCUAUUUACUUGUAUAGUAGUGCCUGACAUCUGUAAUAGUUUAGUUUUAGUUAUACUGAACAUACUCUGUAGUUACUCGCGACUUAACAAGUUAUAUUAAAUUUAAGUCUUAAAAAGUGUUCUGUCAUAAUAUACUAUAAUAUUCUUUAUUCAUUUUGUCUACCACUGAGUUUGAAAAUCAAUUAAAAUGGGAACAUCAAUGUUAAAAUGUUUUAUAGAAAUCAUUAAUAAACUAGAUUCAAUUGUACUCAUAAAACGUGAUCAACAAAUUAACGAAAGAAGAAAUAUUAAAAAUGAUGCUGAUAAUUCUUAUAUGGAAAUCGAUGAAAGAAAAAAUGGAACUGUGGGGCCAAGCAAUGAAGCAUAUGAAGUUGCAACAUCUAUGAUGUAUUCAGAAUGGAUGCUUGAAGUACCUGAAGACAUUGAUAAUUGGAUUGCAGUAUUAUGUCCAGAAGGAAAACGAUGUUGUGUUAUUGCUCAAGAUAACAAAACGAAAACAGUUAACAAGUUUGGAACCACACUCAAUUAUUAUCCAUCAUUAUUUCCUUAUGGAUGCCGUGCAUCAAAUAACUGUUCAUCUCAUCGUAAACGUACUGUUUUAGAUUGUGUGUAUAGUUUCAAGUUAAAAAAAUAUUACAUUUUGGACAUUAUUGAGUGGAUGGGUGUGCCGUAUACAGAUUUUGAUGCUGAAUUUAGAUUUUACUUUAUACAAAGUAAACUUAAUGAAAUACCAGGUAUCAAUGAAAAGUCAACUACAAAUUUUUACCCAUUUGAAUUGGCUCCACGAAUGGUUUCUAGAGAUUUGUAUCAGCAUCUUUUGGAAAAAAAUCAAUUUUUUCCCGAUAAUAUUGAAUUAGACGGUAUUAAUUUUUACUAUCCAGAAAGUUUGUACACCCCAGGUGAAACACCAUUAAUGCUUUGGCUGAAACCGUUCAUGAUACCUGAUGUCUUACAAAAGCCUGUCAAUGAUCAUUUAGUACAAUUACACAGACCGCCCGAUUAUGUUAACAUAUUCGAGUACAGUCAAAGUUUGAAAAAGAAAAAUAGAAGAAUUAAGAAGAAGAAGAACUUGACUCCUAAUUGUGAUAAAAUGGAAGUAGAAAAUUUGGUUGAGGUAGAAAUGGAUAAAGAUCCUGUCAUUGAUAAUGAAAUUUGUAUGGAAAACUAAUAUUGAUUUUGCUACAAUUUCCAGCCAAUAUAAUGUGAUCUUAUGCAUGUUUAAGAAUUGUUAUUAAUUAAUAAUAAAAAAUAAAUAAAUAAUAAAGAAACCUAUUUGAUGAUUAAAAAUAAUUGCUUAUUUUAUUUUAUUUACUAUCUAAAAUAAAUAUAUAAAAUAUAUCUUGUCAUUGAUAAUGCAAUUUGUAUAGAAAACUUAUAUUGAUUUUGCUGCAAUUUUCAGCCAAUAUAAUGUGAUCUUUUGCAUGUUUAAUAAUUGUUAUUAAUUUAUUAUGUAAAAUGAGAAUAAUAAAGAAAACUAU